AACGACGCUCACAGAGAUUGACGACCUCCUAAAACCUCUAUGCCUGGUGACGUUGGGUGUGGAAUGAUCAUAAGAUGGUACGAGUGAAGAGCGAAGGCCGUAGCAAAGGCUGUGAACGGUGCAGGGCACGUAAAGUCAAGUGUGAUAAAGCCUCUCCAGCAUGUGCGCAGUGUCUGAGAUUGGGAAAAGAAUGCUCUGGUGCUGUCACUGGAAUGGUCUUCCUCCACGCCGAUGUCACUACAGGACUCUCGAAGACAAAGAAGGUCGUACAUGCCCGAGAACGCGACAGCCUAAAGGGGGGUUCGUGCUCCCCUCUUGAACCCGAUCAAUCUUCCCAACGAUCUAACUCUUCCACUCCUUCAACUUUUGGAACCCCCAGGGAGGAGGACACUCCCCUACCUUGCAGGUCAUUGCCCACCUCCCCUCUGCCCAACACGACGAAAACACUCAUGCGUUGCUACUCUCCGGAACCGGCUAGCCUCCUGCCAACACAUAUGGACAACUCCCCCAUAAUGACUCGGCAAUACAUCUCCCACUGGAUAACAAUCCUCCAAACCGAAGGCCUCCCGUGGAUGUCGCGCCUCCCAUCACUUCUCACUCAAGCAUCCAACUCCUCUUCCUUCGCCAUCGAAAGGUGCGUCCUUGCGGUAGCACUAGGGUACCACGGCAAGCUCGUCAAUUCCAAAAGCGUGAUGGCGGAGGCCUACAAAUGGUACGGCUUCGCAAUUAGAAAGCAAAGAAGCCAGCUUGAGCAGUUCCACCCUGAAAUGAGACAGCCGAGCCUGGAACAAAUAUGCCUGCCGAUCAUGCUGACGAUCUUUGAGAUCAUAUGUGGAACAAAUCUCACGCCUUAUUCUCAACACGUUAUGGGUGCAGCUAGGAUGCUGGAGAUUUUGGGUCCGGCGGCUUGCAGGGAAAAGCAAUGGUGUUUGAUAUUCAGGACCGUGAGGACGCAGAUGUUCUCUGUCUCUAUCUUCCACCGCGUCCCAUCUUUUCUCGCGCAGACGGAAUGGCUUACAAUUCCCUUCGAGGGGGACGUAAAGCCCGCAACAGAUAGAGUCAUGGAUGUUCUCACUAUAAUACCGUCCUUCCUAUUCCGAGUGGAUCGAGUUUCAUCAUCUUCGGGUGCUUCGGAGAUUCUAGCGAUAGAGGCCGAUGCAUUGAGAAUAAAAUCAGAACUGGAUAAAACUAGCUCGAGUUGCUCAAUGGAGGGUCAUAAUCAUAGCACUAAAGGGGACGCCGACGGCCUCCCCACCACAUCCAAUAGCCCAGAGACCCAGAACACUGCUGCAGCGGACUGUUCAAAAUUACCAGAUUGCCUUCUCGUCUCUUUAACCUUCUACGAAACAGCACAAGCCCUCCUUUGCUGGGUACUCUCUCAGGUCAGCCAAGAAUCAGUAUCAGAAUUAUGGGGGAAGGAGUUACUUGCUAGAUGCGAUUCACUUCUUGAUCUGGCAGAACCGCUUCAUAGUCACCACCUCAGCGGUAUUUAUGUGAGAUUGGCGUAUUCGUUGAGGGUCGUGGCAAUUGUGAGCCCGAGUGAAGAGCAACGGAAACGAGUGAGGAGGACUGUGGAUAGGUGGAGGUCAAAUAUUGCCGCCGGCGGCUUUUGUACGGGCGUCACCCUGGCAAUGGAAGAAGAUAGAAAGGUGGUGAGGAUGAAUGGUAGUAGUGCACGGAGGAUGAUGAUUGUGGAAUAGGGAGCAUAUAUGAUAAUAAAAGUGACACGAAGUACAUUUAGCAGUCUCUUUUCAGAUUUGAGUUAAAGCGCCGGAGAAGACUUCUCUCUGAUGUGCAAUAAAAAAAAUAAACUUUUAGGAGCUGCUAUUUUAUAAAUAGAGGAUUCCAAGGG